AUGGGUGUUGUAGAUGAAGGAACACGAAGAUUAAUUAGAAAUGAAUUGAAAGAUGCUAUGGAUACAUAUCAUAUGUGUUAUAAUGUUCAAGUAACAAAUUUUUUAACAGAUUUAUUUACAUCUUAUGAUAAGGUAAAAAUUAGAUCAUAUGUAGAUAAAAUAGCUGUAGCCAUGAGAAGUGGAUGUGUAGAUGUUAAAGCUUUAUCAUUAGAAAGUCUAAAAGUUAUUUUAACACAUUUAUCUACUGCCAAGGAUGAUAGACUAAAAGUUAUAAAUGUUUUUAAAGAUCAGUACAAAGAUGGUGAGGAAACACCAAAGAAAAAGAGUUUUAUUCCAACAGAGGAAGAAAUAUGUGGUAUUCAAACAACUAGAUUAUUAACAAUAAAACGACUAAUGGAUGACAGAAGAAAUACCAUUGUAAAUAAAAUUCCUGGACAACUUAAAAAUAUUCAAACAUUAUAUGGAUAUGCAAAGUUGGAUUAUCUUGUCUCAAUUAUUGGAUGUGCCUUUGUAGAUAGUAAAAAUAAGUAUAAAAUAGAAGAUUAUGAAUCAAUGAUACGAAUGAAUUUAUCAAAAAAUUGUGAAUAUGGGGAUGGUAUAUUAUCUAUUGGAACACCUUUGAUGUUCACGGGUUAUUAUGCUGAUGGUGUAAUAAAUGUAAUAAAAAUUGAGUUACCUCCAUUAAUUAAUGUUCCAAAAGAAGUUAUAAAUAAUAAAAUAAAUAAUGGCGAUACUUUAAAAUCUAUUCACCAAUUGUUAUCAGGUUUCAGUCAAAGUCCACCAAAAUGUCUUGUGUUAAUGGGAAAUUUUAUUAAAUCACCAUUAAGCACAGGAUCUUUUGAAGAGUAUUCAGAUGGAUUUAGGAGACUUGGAAAUAUUUUCAAAGAUAUUAUAAGUUUAUAUCCAAUUUGGAAAGAUGUAAAGUAUGUUGUUGUUCCUGGAGACCAGGAUAUUCCAUCAUCUGUUAUAUAUCCAAAGUUACCAAUACCUCAAUUUCUUCAAAAAUAUUUUAUUGAGGGACUGGACAUAACAUUUACAUCCAAUCCAACAAUUAUUACAAAUAAAGGACAACGAAUACUUGUAUGUGGAUCAAAUAAUGUUAUAGAAAAAAUGUGCCGUGAUGCUUUUCACAUACCUCAUGAUGUAACAAAGAUCAGUGAUCAAUUUGUUGAAACAAUCAUUCGCAUGAGACAUAUUCAACCAUUACCAAAUUACAUUUCUUUGAUUUCUCCAGCAUAUGAUGAUUUGUUUUCACUGGAAAAUUUACCUGAUAUGAUUGUUCUUGGUGAUCGUUUUAAAUCAUAUAGAAGUACAGUCGGUGAUUGUUUAGUAGCAAAUCCUGGACAAUUUACCAAAGCAAAUGGAUUCGAGUUUCUAGUUUACUAUCCUCAUGAUAAAAUUUGUGAAUAUUCGGCAAUUGAUAUGGCCUUAGAAUAA